AAUACUCCAAGCCUGGGUGAGUGUGUAGGUGGAACAACAAACCACCGACUAAAAUUUACAUGCGUGGGCGAUGACCCUUUAUUAUAUAUAAGUGAGUGAAUGAAUAAGAGUUGGCCUAAUUCAAGACAAUGGAGACUCUGAAAUGUACAGUCCUUCAUUUACUUGUUUUUGUGCAGAUCAUCAGGACGCAAGCCAAAGUUGCGUCCAUCAUUGUGUUCGGAGACUCGACUGUGGAUUCAGGAAACAACAACCACAUCUCCACUAUCCUCAGGAGCGACUUCGGGCCGUAUGGCCGGGACUUCAUCAAUGGCCAGCCAACCGGACGCUUUUCCAACGGUCGGAUCGUGACAGACUUUAUAUCAGAAGGGUUUCAGCUCAAGCCAGUCAUACCUGCUUAUUUGGAUUCGAGUUAUGGCAUUGCUGAUUUUGCUACAGGGGUUUGUUUUGCUUCGGCUGGAACAGGGUACGACGACGCCACUUCUAAUGUCCUGUCUGUAAUGCCUCUACAAAGAGAACUACAGUACUACAAGGAAUAUCAGACGCGACUGAGAGAGUCUCUUGGCAACGAAAAAGCUGAGAAGAUUAUCGGUGAAUCUCUAUAUUUGAUAAGCAUGGGAACAAAUGACUUUCUGGAGAACUACUACAUACUUCCAUACAGAUCAUCACAGUACUCUGUAGAAGGGUACCAACAAUUACUUACUGGAAUCGCAAGAAAACUAAUCCAAGACCUGUAUAAUCUUGGAGCCCGGAAGAUAUCUCUGGGUGGCGUUCCUCCGAUGGGUUGUUUGCCACUGGAAAGAGCAAGGAGAAUACUAUACGGGAGUGAUUGUAUAGAAGAGUACAAUAAUGUAGCCAGAAAUUUCAAUAGUAAGCUGCAAGAUUUGGUUAAUAAUCUCAGCAAAGAGCUCCCUGGAAUUCAAGUGGUGUUUUCGAAUCCUUAUGAUAUGCUUUUGAAAAUCAUCAAGGAUCCUCAUUCUUACGGAUUUGAAAGUACAGCAAAGGCAUGUUGUGCAAGCGGAAUGUUUGAGAUGGGUUACCUCUGUAACAGCUAUAGCACCUUAACUUGUCAAGAUGCAGAUAAGUAUGUAUUCUGGGAUUCCUUCCAUCCUACACAGAAAACAAAUAGCAUACUAGCCCAAAAUGCCAUCAACAAUUCUCUUGCUGUGUUUCUGUAGAUGUAUGACAUGUCAGACCUGGCCAUACAAUUGUGUGAAUAAAAUAAUAAUACAUUCGUAGCAUUGUAACCUAGUAGGAAUAUCCCUAGCCCUUGUUAGCAAGAGAUUGAUGGUUCAAGUCUCGUGGAAGACAAUUGUAAUUUGAUCUUACUCGAAAAAUAAUAGCAAUAUAUCUAAGCUGUAUAAUUCCAAUA